UAAAGGGGCCGCAUCACCCGGCCGGCCCGGCGCCGGGCGGGGGUGGGUGCGGCUGGGGUCCCGGGGCGACCGAGCGCGGAAGACGAACUGGAAAGCGGGUAGGGGGCGCGGGAGCAGGCAACGCAAAGCGGGCAUCGGACUGACCCCCCAACAGGCCCCGCCCCGGCCCCGGCCCGGCCGAUGGACCCCCCCGCGGCCAAGCGGAGCCGGGGCUGCCCCGCGGGACCGGAGGAGCGCGAUGCCGGGGCCGGGGCCGUGCGCGGCCGGGGCCGGCCCGAGGCGCUGCUGGACCUCAGUGCCAAGCGAGUAGCCGAGACCUGGGCCUUCGAGCAGGUGGAAGAGCGGUUCUCCCGGGUGCCAGAGCCGGUCCAGAAGCGCAUUGUGUUCUGGUCAUUCCCACGCAGCGAACGGGAGAUCUGUAUGUAUUCGUCCCUGGGCUACCAGCCCCCGGAGGGCGAGCAUGAUGCCCGGGUGCCCUUCACCCGCGGGCUGCACCUGCUGCAGAGCGGGGCCGUAGACCGAGUGCUGCAAGUGGGGUUCCACCUGAGCGGAAACAUCCGGGAGCUGGGGGGCCCUGGAGAGCCCGAGCGCCUUUACCACGUCUCCAUCAGCUUUGACCGCUGCAAGAUCACGUCUGUGAGCUGUGGCUGCGACAACCGUGACCUUUUCUACUGCGCCCAUGUGGUGGCCCUGUCGCUGUACCGCAUUCGGCACGCCCGCCAAGUGGAGCUGCGGCUGCCCAUCUCCGAGACGCUGUCCCAGAUGAACAGAGACCAGCUGCAGAAGUUCGUGCAGUACCUCAUCAGCGCCCACCACACCGAGGUGCUGCCCACUGCCCAGCGCCUGGCUGACGAGAUCCUCCUGCUGGGCUCCGAGAUCAACCUGGUGCAUGGUGCCCCAGACCCCACGGCGGGCGCAGGCAUCGAGGACGCCAACUGCUGGCACCUGGACGAGGAGCAGAUCCAGGAGCAGGUGAAGCAGCUGCUGUCCAACGGCGGCUACUACGGCGCCAGCCAGCAGCUGCGCUCCAUGUUCUGCAAGGUGCGGGAGAUGCUGCGGAUGCGGGACUCCAACGGGGCGCGCAUGCUGAUCCUCAUGACCGAGCAGUUCCUGCAGGACCCGCGCCUGGCCCUGUGGCGGCAGCAGGGCGCCGGCAUGACCGACAAGUGCCGGCAGCUGUGGGAUGAGCUGGGGGCCCUGUGGGUGUGUGUCGUCCUGAGCCCCCACUGCAAACCAGAGGAGCGGGUGAGCUGGCUCCAGCUGCUUGGCAAAUGGGACAAGCUGGAUGUGUGCCCGCUGGAAGAGGGCAACUACUCUUUCGACGGGCCCAGCCUGCAGCCCACCGUGGCCCUCAGCCCAGAGCUGCUGCAGAAAGGUAACACCUGCAUCACCAACACGGAAGGAUGGGUGGGCCACCCCCUGGACCCCAUUGGCUGCCUCUGCAGGGCGCUCCUGGAAGCCUGCCGCCUGGAGGAAGAGACCCUCACCCUUUACCCAGACUCUGGCCCCGAGAAGCGGAAGACAGCCUACCAGCACGUGCCGGUGCCCGGGAGCCCCGGGGAGUCCUACUUGGCGCUGGCCCUUGAGGUGGCACUGCUGGGCCUGGGGCAGCAGCGGGCCCUGCCCGAGGGACUGUAUGCGCAGGACAAGGUGGUGCGCAGCGAGGAGCAGCUGCUCUCCCUGCUGGAGGAGGUGGAGCUGGACGAGCGGCUGGUGCAGGUGCUGCGCAAGCAGGCGGGGCUGCUGCUGGAAGGGGGUCCUUUCAGCGGAUUCGGAGAAGGGCUCUUCCGGGAGAGCGUUCCCAUGCACACCUGUGCCCGCUACCUGUUCACGGCGCUGCUGCCCCACGACCCCGACCUGGCCUACCGCCUCGCGCUGAGGGCCAUGAGGCUGCCUGUACUGGAGACAGCGUUGCCAGCCGGAGAAGCUCACCCCAACCCACUGGACUCCAUCAUGAGCAACCGCUUCCCCCGCUGGUUCAUCCUUGGCCACCUGGAGACGCGCCAGUGCGAGCUGGCCUCUGCCAUGCUGACAGCUGCCAAGGGAGACCCCAAGUGGCUGCAUGCAGUACUGGGCUCCAUCCAGCAGAACAUCCACUCGCCUGCCCUGCUCUUCAAGCUGGCGCAGGACGCCUGCAAAACGGCCACCCCGGCUAGUGCGCCUCCCGACACCACGCUGCUGGGCAUUGCACUGGAACUGGGCCUGCAGGUGAUGCGGAUGACCCUGAACACCAUGACCUGGCGGCGGCGGGAGAUGGUACGGUGGCUGGUCAGCUGUGCCACAGAGAUCGGCCCACAAGCCCUGAUGAACAUCAUGCAGAACUGGUACUCCUUAUUCACACCGGUGGAGGCUGCCACCAUCGUGGCGGUGACCGGCACCACGCACGCCACGCUGUCGCGGCUGCAGCUGGACGCAGCCCGGCGGGAGGAGCUCUGGGCCUGUGCGCGCACCCUGGCCUUACAGUGCGCCAUGAAAGACCCGCAGAACUGCGCCCUGCCCGCCCUCACCCUGUGUGAGAAGAACCGCGCAGCCUUCGAGGCCGCCUACCAGAUCGUGCUGGACGCGGCGGCCGGCGGCUUGGGCCACGCCCACCUCUUCCCGGUGGCACGCUACAUGGAGCAGCGCGGCCUGCCGCUGCGGGCCUACAAGCUGGCCACGCUGGCCCUGGCACAGCUCAGCAUCGCCUUCAACCAGGACAGCCACCCCGCCGUCAACGAUGUGCUCUGGGCCUGCUCGCUCAGCCACUCGCUGGGCCGGCACGAGCUCUCCGCCAUCGUCCCCCUCAUCAUCCGCAGCAUCCACUGCGCCCCCAUGCUCUCUGACAUCCUGCGCCGCUGGACCCUCGCGGCACCUGGCCUGGGGCCCCUGGGGGCCCGCCGCGCCACCAAGCCGCUGGGCGCCGACCGGGCUCCGCUCUGCCAGCUCCUGGACGCCGCGGUGGCCGCCUACAUCGCCACCAGCCACUCCCGCCUCACGCACAUUAGCCCGCGGCACUAUGGCGACUUCAUCGAGUUCCUGGGCCAGGCCCGGGAGACCUUCCUGCUGGCGCCUGACGGGCACCUGCAGUUCGCCCAGUUCCUGGAGAACCUCAAACAGACCUACAAGGGCAAGAAGAAGCUCAUGCUCUUGGUGCGGGAGCGCUUCGGCUGAGGGGCAGCAGGCCGCGUCGGGGACCCCCUUGGCCCCUGCUUCUGUGGCACCAGCCUCCAACAGGGGCCUCAACACUGGGGGCCCAUGUGGCAUUUCAGUAUUAAGUCAGGGAAGGAGCCCAGCCGGAGCU